CGCUCGACUGUGCCCCUCCUGCCAAUAGACGCCUCUGAAUCUCCUGUUCGCUGCGGCUAUGGACCCUCUGCAGACGCGCCGCGAUGGACUGAGCACCGCUGCAUUGUCAGCAGAGCUGUCUUUCACCGUAUCACCAACCUCCCAUACACAUCCUCAUUCUUUCGAAGAAGACGCAGACGGAGACGACGAUCUAGGCUCCUCUGGAAGUGAUGCCUCUUCUGUUACGUCCAAUGUAACCGCCAUCUCUGCCUUUCAGAUCCCUGCUGACGACCACUCUCAUCCACGUCGUGGUUCGGGUUCGGGUUCGACGUCCCCUCAUAGCCGUCAUCCUCAACCGCAGCAUCGCCCUCAGUCUCCGGCCAAGUCUCGACCAUAUCCUCAACCGCCGCCACGAACCUCAUCCUUCGCUGUCUCUAAUACUAUCAGCAGCACAGCUGCCACGGCCAGCGCCGUGCGGCCUGCCGCUCCCUCCAUGCCGCAGAAUGACCCGCCGUCCAUCAGGCUGGUGUCGGGGCGACCUGGCCAGCCGGAUCUGCACAAGCAUCGCAGUCGGCAUCACUCGCAGGGUUUCUUUGAGCCAUCGCUCCCAACGGCCUCGUAUUCUGAUAAGACCCUGUCCGCCGUGAACACGCUUUCGGCCUCCCGGAUUGCUGCUCAGACAGCCAUGCAGCAUCAGCAGUCGUCGUCGUCGUCUUCCACUGCAAUGCAGCAGCAGCAGAAACGACCUCCCCAUAUCAUUCCAUAUAGUCAGGAAGACGCAUCGAAGGGCAGGAAAGGCAGCACCGGUUCCCCGUCUCCUCCUCGGAAUCAGGUAGUCACAUCGCCAAUCUUGGGUAGUAAUGUCCCGGGGCAACAACCGCAUUCGGGUAAUAGUGGCUUCGUAGGAGGGCACAGUCUGGUGGCUACAACUGCUGCCAAUGCGGCUUUUCCUAGAAGUCCUGGUCUACAGCAUCCUGGAAUGUCUAAUACGGAGGUGCACCAUCAACAUCCACAGCAUCACCAUCAUGUACCUGCAGAACGAGAACAUAAGCCCAAAGGCGAAAAGUCCAAAAUGAAGCUGUUCUCAAAACCAAGGCACAUUGGAAUCAGCCGGGACAAGGAUUUGAAGGACAAGGCACUCCCGUCCCCGAAUAAGAUGGGAAGCGGUCUAUCACGGAUGGUUAGCUCGUCGGCGACGAGUCUGGCGGACACUCCUCCGUCGAACAAUUCAUCAUCCAUGUAUAAUCUAUCCAAUGCAUCCUCCAACACGGUAAUCGCUGCUGAUAGGCAGACUACCGGCGAGAAGGAAAAGGAUAAGGACAAAGCCCAUAAGCAUCAUUUCCUGUCGCGACAGAAAUUGAAUCUCAAGCUCAAGAGCGAUGACCAUUACAACCUGCCGCUGUCGUCUGCGUCCAGCAAUUCCCGGCCGGCAGAUCCCAAUGCGCCUCAGUCCCUCUAUUCAUUUACCCCUUCUUCCCCUGUUACGGCGUCGACCGCUUUUGGGAGGUCGGUCAGCGGCCUAGAUCUCCUCCACGGCCUACGAGAAAAGAAGAAAGAGGAAAAGGCGCUGGCCGAAUCGGAACAGCUUGAAUGGCUGGCUAAUUCGGGGGGUAACGCUAGCGCGCCGGCUGGAUUUUAUGCACCAUCAUCGUUGGGUACCUCCGGAGGGAUCCUUGCGGAUGCCGUCUUGAAAGAAACCCUUCAGGGGUUCGGGCUGAAUAACAUGACGCCGGAGGACGUGUGGGACUUUCUUAAGGCGAAGCUUUUAGUUAUUUUUGACGGGGAGGAUGUGCGCAUUGCGAUUGAAGAUCUUAACAAACUUGUGUCUAUACAUAUACAACUCUGUGUCCAGAGACAUGCACCAAUCGCUAUUGUCGAUGAUCUGCGUGAACUGUUAGUGACGGGGUUCUCGUCUCUGGAUCAUGCUCUGAAUGGAAUUCCGGAUGACAAGCUGGUUCCACAUCUAGUGCAGAUAUGGAUGCUUGUUUUUGGCACGAUUCUGCCAUUCAUACAGGUUGUGUUCUUGCCGUUGGACCUCGAAUUCAAGGGCUGCGGGUCAGUCAUGAGCGUCCGGGAAGCACAUGAAUUCUGGAGCGCGUUACAGGAGUCUAGUCCACCGCUGGAUGUCCGGGAGAUUGUCCUCAUUGCUUUCCGUGACACAGUUAUCCUGACUCGCUUUGAAAGUCUGAAGGCAACCUUCUCUCGUCUGAGUCUCGAUAGUAUCAACGCGAGCCUCAACAGUGCUAGUGUGACAACGAAGAGCAGCAGCAGCAACGCCAGCGGCGGCCGACCAGGAACGGCCGCCUCUCUCGAUGCUGGAGCCAGUAGCUUCAGUUCCCAAUCAUCUACCCUCUUCAACAUGGGAGUAGGGAGCUACUCGUCCGAUUCGCCCAGCGAUACCCGUAGCCGAGCUGCAUCCAACACAUCAUCGAAUCCAGAUCAGUUACUUUUCCAAUCCGUCUCUCCAUCCGCACAACGACCGACAAUUAUCCAUCGGGGUGGACAGACGCCGGAUUCGUCGCACCUCAUCACGGAGACGGUAGGACGUAUGCUGCAAUGUGUCAGUGUUCUGGCAAGCGUCCAAACGGGCGACGAAGCGCAGGAGAAGAUCGAACUACUGAGCAAGGCACUCAAACAUAACUGGCUCGGCCGGGCACGGACGGGUCGCGAUCGAAGAGGGUUCGUGGGAGCAAAAAUCCGACUUCCAGCAUCUAGUGCUAGGGGGGACCUCGACGCCGCUAGCGAGCGAUCGGGUACUAUCUCUAGCAGGGACAGGAAUAUACAUGGCAAUGGCAAUACAGGGUCUGACGGCGUCAAGGGCUGGAAUGAUGUACAAAAUGGGAGCCCGGAAAUUAGUGUUUCAUGAGUAUCUGUGCAAUUGAUUGAAAUGAUAUGGAUGAUUGUUGAUUUUUAAAUAAAUAAAUAAAUUUAAAAAUAUAAUUGAAAAAAAAAAGCAUAAAUGCAGGAAGGCCAUUGACCGUUUAUUGCUAUCUGCC